UGGAGGGUUAGGAAGUCUUAGAUGGUUGGCCCUCAAAAAUGGACAUGGUGGGGCUCCCUGUAUAUUAGAAGGGGAGAAAGGGGACAUAGCCACGGGGUACUUAAUGGGACACACUUGCUGGUCUUGAUCUAUGACAAUGUGCUGUAAGACCCCUGUAUGUGAAGACCCCGGGUUUCAGGCUGUUUUGAAGUUGGCACUUGCUAUGGCUUCGAGGUCUCAUCUGUGACCUGAGAGCCCAGGAUAACAAAGAAUGUCUUAUGCCCCUAUGCAGUAUGACCAGCAGCCCCGGCCCAGUGAGUGAGCGUGACCCGUCCCACCAGACCCCACCCUUGAUGCCUUGGGUCUGGGAGCACAGGACAAACCUUUUCUGACUUGGCCCCAGGCCGCCUCUACGUGGCUGUGACGUCGGCUUCGCCCCGCCCGCCUUGGGUGGUGACGCGGUGGCCACGCCCCCGCGCUUACGUCACCAGCCCGGUUCCCUCUCCCGGGAGCGUUGGCGGACGCGCGGCUCCCACCCCCUCCCUUCUCAACGGGCUCUCCCCUCCCCGGUGGCGGCCGCGGCCCGACCCUCUGCAGGGCGAUGGCCCGGACCCCGAGCGCGGGCUAGCGUGGCUGGGUGCCCGGUCAUGGGCUGUAUCGGCUCCCGGAGCCCGGCGAGUCAGGUGGCCUCGGACCCCGCGUGGGCUGUGGAGUGGAUCGAACUUCCUCGAGGCCUCUCUCUGUCUUCCUUGGGAUCUGCUCGGACUCUCCGAGGCUGGAGCCGGUCCUCCCGCCCUUCCUCAGUGGACAGCCAGGACUUGCCAGAGGUGAAUGUUGGAGACACAAUCGCAAUGCUGCCCAAGUCCCGGAGAGCCCUAACUAUCCAGGAGAUUGCUGCGCUGGCCAGAUCCUCGCUGCAUGGUAUUUCCCAGGUGGUGAAGGACCACGUGACCAAGCCCACUGCCAUGGCCCAGGGCCGAGUGGCUCACCUCAUUGAGUGGAAGGGUUGGAGCAAGCCAAGUGACUCGCCUGCUGCCCUGGAAUCAGCCUUUUCCUCCUAUUCGGACCUCAGUGAGGGUGAACAGGAGGCUCGCUUUGCAGCAGGAGUGGCUGAGCAAUUCGCCAUUGCAGAAGCCAAGCUCCGGGCAUGGUCUUCGGUGGAUGGCGAGGACUCCACUGAUGAAUCCUAUGAUGAAGACUUUGCUGGGGGAACUGACUCAGACCUGGCUGGGCAGCUGCCCCUGGGGCCCCACCUUCAGGACCUCUUCACUGGCCACAGAUUCUCCCGGCCUGUGCGCCAGGGCUCCGUGGAACCUGAGAGCGACUGCUCGCAGACCGUGUCCCCAGAGACCCUGUGCUCUAGUCUGUGCAGCCUGGAGGACGGGUUGCUGGGCUCCCCAGCCCGCCUGGCUUCCCAGCUGCUGGGCGAUGAGCUGCUCCUCGCCAAACUGCCCCCCAGCCGGGAAAGUGCCUUCCGCAGCCUGGGCCCACUGGAGGCCCAGGACUCGCUCUACAACUCCCCCCUCACAGAGUCCUGCCUUUCUCCUGCUGAGGAGGAGCCAGCCCCCUGCAAGGACUGCCAGCCGCUCUGCCUGCCACCAGUGAGCAGCUGGGAACGGCAGCGGCAAGCCUCUGACGUAGCUUCUUCUGGGGUGGUGUCCUUAGACGAGGACGAGGUGGAGCCGGAGGAACAGUGACCCAAAUCAUGCCUGGUGGUGGCAUGUGUCCCCUGGCUGCUUCUGGGGACAGAGCCUCCAUGCCCCAGCGUGGGCGAGGCUUCCAGCAGAGCUCCAAAGCCUGGAGGGCUUCUGGGAGCACUCACUCCUCCAUUGUGUGUUUGCAUGAAAGUGUUCAGAGGAGAGAGGGGCCAGGCUGGGGGCGCAUGUCCUGCCCCCACUCCUGGGGUUUGCCGGGGGAUGCCCGGGGCCCCUGGGGCAUGGCUACAGCUGUGGCAGACGGUGAUGUUCAUGUUCUUAAAUCAAAAAUACCACGUACACAUUUCCUCCUCGGGUGAUGUGAACCCCUAAGGGGGUGGCUGUGACUGGGCUGUAGAGCAGGAGGGAGCCCCACCUCUCCCGCCCUCUACCCCUGCCUCUCCUCUGCUUCUCUUCUCACCUCCGAGUCCAUGUGCAGUGCUUGAUAGAACUGCCCCCGCCCGGGGGGGCUGGCUCCAAGCCUCCUGGAGCCUCUGGAUCGAGCUGUCCCCCCAAGGGCCCCUUGCCCAGCUGGGCUUGUGCUGUGCUUCACCUCUCCAUCGUCUCUAAAUCUUCUUUUUCUUAAA